CACAGAAAGCUGCACUGCAGGGGACACACUCUCUCAGCAACAUAAAUAUGCGCCGCGACAACAUUAAAUAUUCAUUUUAUUUUAUUUUUUUAUUUUUUACAUUACAUAAUAAUCUCUAAAUAAUUAAAAUACACAUUAAUCUCCUUACCAAAAAAAAAAAUAUACAUUAAUCUAUUGUUUUUUUUUUAUUACUACGUUAGUUUCAUUUGUUCAUCUUCCAAAACACACUCCCACGUUUCUCUCAACACUGUUUGCCCUAGAUCCAUGCUUUCCUUCUUCAAAACCUUCAUCUUUUUCCAACUUUUAACAAUACCCUUUUUCAUUUUUUCCAUCUGGGUCUAGCCAAAAUCUUCUUUAGUUCUUUAUUCAACUCGUAGAGUCUUCAAAAUUGCCAUUUUUAAUUGGUUCCGAGGAGGAUCUGGCUUGUUGUAAAUUUCAAGUAUUUGGUACUUUCUUGAUUAGUUUUUCAUAUCUGAAUUUGUUAUACUGUUUAAAUAACUCUCAUUUUAAGUUUUUGUGUUUGUUGCUUCAAGUGGGUAGAGUAAAGUAAUGAUUUUUAAGAUUUAUGUGGUUUGAUUUGUUCAAUUUGAGGGUUUUAUUGUUGGUUAGGUUUUGCAUCUAAUUGGGUUUUUUCUUUUGUUUGAUGAUUUGUGACCAAAUUUGAGAUGGGGUGGUAAAUAUUUGGUUGCUAUUGUAGUUAUUUGUGUGAGAUUUAAGAAGAGGUGUUGCUGAGUUUGAGUUUGGUGGUUAUUUAUAGUUAUGACUUAUGAGCACUGUAGAAGAGGAUAAUAGGAUAGGAAAAUGGAAAUGUUAUUGAAGGGUGAACAUUGAUAAUUUGGAGAUUGGUUUUGUGGGAAGGAGUGAUUUGUUGUGUGCAUAAUGGGUUGCAUGUGUUGCAAGCCUUCUGCAAUUGAGGAUAGUAAGGAGAGUCCGAGAGAGCGAUUAUCGAACAAGUCUGUGCUCGAUUCGCGUGUGUCUAGAGGAGCUUCGUCGAGGAGGGAGGAAGCAUAUAGGGUGAAGGAAAGAAGUGAUAAUAACAAUGAUGCAAGAACGGCGUUGAUUGAUAAGCAAGGGAAUGGUUCUGUUAGAGUUCAUGGUGAUAAUUUUGAAAGGAAAAGGGAGAAAAUGGAGCAUGUUGUUCCUCAACAUCCGGGGAUUGGUAGUGUUCCCAAGGCUAUGGAAGGGGAACAUGUUGCGGCUGGAUGGCCGUCAUGGCUGGCAGCUGUUGCUGGUGAAGCAAUCAAGGGAUGGCUUCCACGACGCGCGGAUUCUUUUGAGAAGUUGGAUAAAAUUGGCCAGGGAACUUAUAGUAAUGUUUAUAGAGCUCGUGAUCUUGAACAAAGAAAGAUUGUUGCUUUGAAAAAAGUGAGGUUUGAUAAUCUUGAGCCUGAGAGUGUUCGCUUCAUGGCAAGGGAAAUUCACAUUCUACGUAGGCUUGAUCAUCCAAAUGUCAUAAAACUUGAAGGCUUGGUUACAUCAAGGAUGUCGUGCAGUUUAUACCUUGUUUUUGAGUACAUGGAGCAUGACUUGGCCGGGCUUGCAUCACAUCCCGGACUCAAGUUUACAGAAUCACAGGUUAAAUGUUACAUGCAGCAACUUUUACGUGGCCUUGAUCAUUGCCACAGCCGUGGUGUACUGCACCGUGACAUUAAGGGUUCCAAUCUUUUGAUUGACAAUAAUGGAGUAUUAAAAAUUGCAGAUUUUGGUUUGGCAAGCUUUUUUGAUCCUAAUCAAAAUCAGCCGCUGACAAGCCGAGUUGUCACUCUUUGGUAUAGGCCACCUGAACUUUUACUUGGAGCUACUUACUAUGGCACUGCUGUAGAUUUAUGGAGUACAGGUUGCAUACUUGCUGAGCUGUAUGCUGGCAAGCCUAUUAUGCCUGGUAGAACUGAGGUGGAGCAAUUACAUAAAAUUUUUAAACUUUGUGGUUCGCCUUCAGAGGACUAUUGGAGAAAAUCAAAAUUGCCUCAUGCAACGAUAUUUAAGCCUCAACAACCUUAUAGGCGUUGUGUUGCUGAAACAUUCAAAGACUUUCCUGCACCUGCAAUAGAACUGAUAGAGACACUUUUGUCCAUAGACCCUGCUGAUCGUGGAACUUCAGCAUCUGCUUUGAUAAGUGAGUUCUUCUCAACAAAGCCUUUACCUUGUGAUCCUUCAAGCUUGCCAAAGUAUCCUCCUAGCAAAGAAUUUGAUGCUAAAGUACGGGAUGAAGAAGCUAGAAGACAAGGAGCAACAGGAAGCAAGGGCCAGAGACAUGAUCCCGAGAGAAGAGGUGUAAGAGAAUCUCGAGCUAUUCCUGCACCUGAUGCCAAUGCUGAACUGGUUGUGUCAAUGCAGAAGAGACAAGGUCAGAACUAUUCGCAAAGCAGGAGUGAGAAGUUUAACCCUCAUCCUGAAGAAGUUGCUUCUGGUUUUCCCAUUGAACCCCCUAGACCAUCACAAGCCGCAGAAGCAACCGUGGAUCCCCAGGCAAAUCAACAUAAAAGAGCCUCUCAUUCAGGUCCACUGACUCACCGUGCUGCAUGGGCGAAAGCCGGGAAGAACCAGGAUGAUGCUUCAAAGGUUUCAAUGGGCGGUGACUUAUCUACAGUCUCUGGCUUAGUUGCAGCCAGGAGGAGUAUGCUGUCCGACGACCGCAGAGAAAGUGCUGGAUCAUCACAAGUGGAGGCUCCAAAACUAAUUACUAGGUUCCCAGGUUCCUUCAAGGAGGCAUCUGAAUCAUUGAUGCAACAAAAUCAAAAUCAGAAGCAUCAUGUACAUGCUUCUCAAAAGGAAGAAGCGAAAGGCAGUAAUAAAGACCCAAAUCUUGUUGGUUAUGGAUCAAAGGGUUAUAAAAUUCAUUAUUCUGGUCCGUUACUUGUUCCAUCAAGCAACAUGGAUCAGAUGUUGAAAGACCACGACCGCCAAAUUCAAGAAGCGGUCAGAAGAGCACGUCUAGACAAGGCAAAAAUGCGAAGACUCCAAGCUGACCAAUUAAGCAAUUCAUUAUUUGUUUCUGGUCGUUGAGUUGUAGAAUCCGAUGCAGAUAAAAAGCAUCAUUAAGAUUAAGAUAAGAAUACAUUUUUAUUUUUUCUCUUUUGCCUUGUAAUUAUUCCUCAGAUCAAUGUUCCCCUUGGCCAUGUUAGGUAACUCCAUAGAUUAUCACAUCUAUUUUAUUUCCACUUACAGAUGCAAUUUGUAUGGCCUCUUGUAAAGCUUUUAACAACCUUGAGCUGCUGAAUACUUGGGGGACAAUGUCUUCCUUAUGUUUAACUUAUGAUAAAAGUAAUUAAUUAUUAUUGGGAA